CAUCUUGAGCGUGGUGGCGUUGAGCGUUAAUAAAUCCUCGCAUUUGCAAAACAAGAUGGAUGUUACAGCGUUAAAAUUACUUUUAAUUUCUUCAGAAUUAGUUUACAAUUCCUAAUAAGAUUUAUAAUUCUGCUUUACGAACAGUGUGUGUUGAGUAACUAUGUGAAACAAAAAGUGUAGUGCUCAUAAUAUAUAAAAUCGGACCUAGAUCGAUAAACAAACAAGCGUAAUUGAUUAUUAAAAAGUUCGCCCUACAACGGGAACGUGGUUUUGUGUAAUUUUCAUAUUCUAGAUUAUCAUUAUGGCAAACAGUGUAGUUAAAGUAACAGAUCUAAGGGAUGAAGAAAUAAAUGACAGCUUAAUGUUACUUGUUGGUGUGGAUGGUACUGUCACACCUGAUCAAGAGACAGUUGAAACAUAUUUAAGGCAAAAGAAUGGAUCUACUGACUUACAGAUUGUAAAAUUGAAAAGUUCAGAAAAGCAAGGUAUUGAUAUUACCGUUGACAAUGUUACUUAUGUACCUGAUGCAGUAAAUGAAGAAAUUAUAAAGAUGGACAUGGACGAAAUUGCAAGGAAUGUCUAUAACUUUAGAUUGGAUCAUGACUAUACACCACUAACAUCGCCAAAAAGCAAACCUACUUCCAUAGAUGAUGUUGACGAACUGGCCAGAACACUCAGUAUACUUGAUGGACCAGCUACAGGACAGAUUUUGUCUGCAGUUGAUCUGUCAGAACCACCUCCUUUGAUACUUGCAUCUACCCAUAAACCAAAACCAUCAUCAAAAGUAAAACUAAUUCAAUCUAUAACAAUUUCACCUCCAAGCAAUAUGAUCAAUAACCGGAAACCACCUGUAUUAACACCUGAAGUUCCACUUGUUAUGGUUCAAAAAGAGAUAAAGUCACCAACUAUUGAAGAAAAACUAAAAGAGCUGAUUAAACCACCUAAGGAAGAAAAAAUUGAACCAGAAAAAAAUGAAUUUGAGCCACUUGCUAUCCGAGAGACUCCUAAAGCUAAAAUGAAAAUAGUAAAGCAAGUCAGAAAAUUAAAACCCAAAUUGACAAAACUCAAACUUAAAGAAAGCCCUAAAGAAGAAAGUUCAGAUGAAGAUAGUUUUGUUGAUCAACAACUGGAUGAAAUAACAAGUGAAGAUAAUGAUUCUGAUUUUGAUAUAGAAGAAGAAAUAAAAACGAAAUUAGCUGUUAAAAGAAUCAAUAAAAGAACAAAACAGGUAGAACAUAGUAAACCAAUUAAAACUAUUAAGCAUAAAACAAGAGCUAAAGAAAAGAAAGAAGAAAUUAAAAAAGAAAUUUCUCAAGAAAAGGAAGAAGAAAAAGUUAAAGAGAAGAAAGAAGAGUCUAAAUUAGAUAUCAAAGAAGUGGAAAAAGAAGCAGAAGUUAAACACCCUGAAAAGAAACCAGUGAAAAAAGAGAAAAAAAUACCAAAACCAAUUCCUGAUGAUUUUGCUCUUUUCUCUACUCCUGAUAUUAUCAGACGGGUAGGAGGCAAGGAGCCAACUACACCUUCAACUCCUAUAACUCCAGAAGUUUCUCCCAUCAAACCAGCAAAAAUUUUACCUACAGAACAAAGGAAAUCAUUAGAAAAUUCCCCACACGCCGUCAAAACCAGACAUAGUAUAGAUUCCAAAGAAAAGGAAAAAGAUAAGGAGAAGGUUAAGGAAAAACACCAAGAGCAUAAGAUCAAGGAUUCUAAGGAAAGAAGGCCCAGUAUCCCAGAAAUAAAAUCAAAGCGUUUAAGUGUAGAUGAAAAAUCAAAACCUAAAGAUGUUAAACACGAUAGAAGAGCAUCAGAUGCUAAAAAACAUGAAAAAUCAAACAUAAAGCAAGAUGGUACAGCAUUGAAUUUGGACAUGGCAAGUGUUGAAGACAUUAGGUCUAUUAUAUUGAAUGAAGAUACCAAAUCUUUUACUAUGGAUACAACCAUAAACACUCCAGUUGGUCAAAAUUUAGAAUCCAACAUGAAUCUAGAUACGACAGGCUUGGAUUUAGAUCCGGCCAUAUUGGACAAUUUGAACAAUGAUGAGAUUUCUGAGGAUAUUCUGUACCAAGUAGCUCAGUCCCUGGUUUCUAAUCCAGAAUUGCAGAAUGCCAUUGACAAAGGCAUAAAUGAAGGAGUUUUGGAUCCGAUGGCUGUGGAUAAUGUAGUUAGCUCUCAAAAUGUGUCUCAGCAAAAUACAUCCAAUGAUGUUAUACAAGGUGGAACACAAAUAGUAAGGCCCGAUGGAAGGGUUAUCAUUAUACCACCAUUGGAGAGACCAACAACGAGAAGCAGGAAUAAAAAGGUAGCGGCAGUUACAGCCCCGGCUGAAGAAAGCAAACCAUCUUUCAAACCCAUUCAUAAACCCCUUGAUGACGAACAUGUGUCAGGAAAUGAGCUUGACAGCUCAGCCGAUGAAGAGGAAGAGUCAGAAGAUGAUCCUAAUAAAUUGUGGUGUAUAUGCAACCAGCCACACAACAACCGAUUUAUGAUAUGUUGUGAUACUUGUGAAGAGUGGUACCAUGGAAAGUGUGUAAACAUUACAAAGACAAUGGGCCAACAAAUGGAAGCGGAAGGAAAGGAGUGGAUUUGUUUGUUUUGUAAAGAUCCUAAAUUAAGAAGGCCGCAAGCAGCAGCGAGAAGAAUCCGAAAAGCUUCCAGGAAUUCAAGAACUUCUACGGAAAGUUCUGGUAGUACAGCAAAGAAAACAGAAACAGUGGCAAAUGCUAUUUCUUGUGUCGUUUGCCAAAAACCGGCUAGAUCGAAUUCCGUUUAUUGCAGUGAAGGAUGUAUCCUUGCUCACGCACAAGGAAUCGAAACGGUACUGGUUUAUGAGAGAUCAACUGGUAAGAUGGUAACUGGAAAUAAAGUUCCGAGUGCUGCUAAUCUAGAUCAGUGGCUCAAAGAACAUCCAGGAUUCGAAGCUGUUAGAUCAGGAAACGUUAAAGAAGUCGUGACCCCAAAGGCUGGCAACUUGGCACAAACAAAACUCAAACUAGUGAAAAAUACAACAGAUCAUGGUGUGUCCCUAGCCGUCCAGAAAAAGGGGGUAAAUGUGGGAGUUAUUAAGCAUUCUCCAAAACAACAGCAGUUACACCAACAAGUGAAGUCUGCACUCAAAGCCUCUCUUCUAGGGUCAAAGCCAUCUCCCAACAAAACACCGCCACCCGUCAAGGAGUCCCCUAAACCGAAAUUCAUAAAACCAGAAGUCUUGAAAAGUCCUCCAGUAACACCGAACAAGCCGAAAUUAGUACAGACUACUUUGGUCAAAACUCCCCAAACAAGUUCUGAGAAGAAACCGAAAACGCCUGUUAGCGUGAAGGAAAGGGAACGAAGUUCGAGUAUUACUGGGAAAGAAAAAACUAAAACUCCCAGACAAAGAAAGGAUAGCACAAAAGACAGGGAAGAAACUACUCCUCAAAAACCUCAGGAAAAUAUAAGAGAAAACGUCCAAAAAACCGUAUUUGAACAACUGACGAACCGUUUGAAAGGUGUUAAUGACCUAAAAUUAUCUGAAGAAGAAGUCAAAUCAAUAUCGUUGGAGAUCGAAUCUCAGCUGUACAAAUGUUUUGGAGAUACAGGUCAGAAAUAUAGAAAUAAAUAUAGGAGUUUAAUUUUUAAUAUAAAAGAUGUUAAAAAUCAAACUUUGUGGAGACGAAUAUGCGAGAAAAACAUAACACCGUAUGAAUUGGUUAGGUUGUCAACGGAUGAUAUGGCCAAUCAAGAAUUAGCACAGUGGAGAGAAAAGGAAGCCAAACAUCAAUUGGAUAUGAUUAAAAAAUCUGAGUUGGAGUUGCUAAAUUGUAAUCGACAGUAUGUACUCAAGACGCACAAAGGUGAACAAGUGGUAGAAGAUGACCACGGUAAUAAAGUUGAUAACAUUGAAAUGAUUAAGAGCUUAACCGAAGGUUCCACUCUGGACUCUGGAGAAUCAAAUAGGGAUACCUCUAAAGAACGUGAUAAAAAGAGUGCAAAACAUAGCCAUAGGGAUAGAGAUCGAAAUCGCAGUAAAGACAAGGAGUAUCGAAGUCACCGAUCUUCGAGCAGGGACAGAGAUAAAGAGAGGAGUAGACGAAGAUCUAGGAGUCGGGAUCGAAAACACAGCGAUCGAAAGAAACGAUCUAGAUCAAAAGAGAGAGAUAGACACAGAAAAUCAUCACACAAAUCAUCAAGACACAAGAGAGAUAUAAUUUCGACUACUGAAAAAUUGGAUAAAAAAUCCAAGGAAAUUCUCGAACAAUUAGUUGAUAAUAAGAUAGUGCCACCAUUGGAAGAUAGGUUAUGGAAACACGUGCCCCAAGAAGACAUUGUUCCAGGUAAGGCAAUUGAGAGUGAUAGUGACCACGAGCCUUCAUCAACCGUUACUAUUCCCACCCCUCCCAGGGUCGCUGAUAGCAGCGAAGAGGAAAAGAAUUUACCAAUAUCACCCGAAAAAGAGAAGGAUAUAUUCGACUUCGGUAGUAGAAGCACAUCACCGCCACCGAUAACGCGACCAACCGAAAUAUGGAGGGGUGUUAUCAACAUGGUAGAUGUUGCCCAAAUAUCAAUCAUUGCCCAAGAAGUUUCGGGAGACUGUGUUGGUUUAAAUCGAGAGUUAACAGCUAAUCUGGAUAUAGUUGGAAGAAUAUCCCCGGACACUGUAUGGGACUACAUCGGAAAAAUGAAAUGUUCCAACAGUAAAGGCAUUUCUCUAAUAAGGUUAAAUCCCACCAAUAUAGAAGAAAAGAUGCCGUAUCUGGCUUUGUACAGUUAUCUAAAUAGUAGAGAUAGAUUAGGUGUGGUGAAGUGUGUAAAUAAAGCUGUUAAGGACUUUUAUAUUUACCCUCUUGCGCCCCAGAAACCUAUUCCUCAAGUUUUGCUACCUAUUAAUGGACCAGGUUUUGAAGAAUCUCGUCCAUCCCUUUUGUUAGGAAUAAUAGUUAGAGAUAAACGAAAACGGUCUUAUUUGGAGCCCACUCCAGUACCACAUUUACCAGCCGCCAAAAAGUCUAGAAUAAGUACACCACCGCUUCCUGUAGCCCCACCACCAGUUGCACCCCCGCCACCUCCACCUCCUCCACCGCGUUCCUACACACCACCACCCGUUAAUGAUCCACGUUUAAAUAAAAAAUUACCCAUACCUGCUACACUAGCACCUCCGCCACCUCCAUCAGUACCGAUUACGAUACCUCCACCCGUAGUAAACAUUAGUGUGCCACCUCCGCCACCACCAGUGAAAAUUGCUUCCUCAAUAUUACCACCUGUUAUACCUGGACUUAAAACGCCUACGCCGCCGCCAGUAGAUGAAGGAGACGAACCCUACAGUCCAGGUGAUUCAUCUGAUUCAGACGUACAGAUAAUUGAAUCAUCGUCGCCGAAAUUACCACCACCGACUUCCAGUACAAGCUCCUCAACAAGUUAUCCGGAAAUACCAGGUCUUACUCUUGGAUUUUCCGCUAAUCCUAUAGAGGUUCAGAGGCAAAUUGAAGAGCUAAACAAGAAAAUUGAAAUGCAGAAGUCAGAAAUCACGAGCAUGACCCAAAAUAUUGCGUCGUCUGAAAUCGGUACUUCAGCACUGGCUAGUAUCGCAUUACCUAAUAACCUUCAACAAAUUCUGGAUAGUAUUAGAACUAAAAAAGAUGCUAUAGAAACUGUCGUUACAUCUGUGGAACAGACUAUUCAAUGUGAUCUCACAAUACCCCUGAUGAUUCCAAAGACAUUCAGUCGACCUUUAAACAACAGCAGUACCUCCGUGACUCCGCCGACGCCAUUCCUAGAGCCGCCCAGUGAUACCAUACCUUUAAAAUUACCUCCCAAACCACUUAUAAAACCGGCGUCAGUAAAUUCGCCCCUUUUGGACGAUAAACCCAGUGUGCUGAGUUCUUUAAGCGCGGAGGAUCUAAUUAAAAAAGCGGCGGAAAUGUUGGGAGAAACUGGAGGUGAUAAGAGAACCUUAGAAAGAGAACUACCUGUGGGUAAAAGAUUAAGGACUGACGUGAAUUUACCUCCAGUGCCCGGUCUGAACAAUGAUCUGUAACAUUAAGCGACAUUUUCAAAGUUAAUUAAAAUUAUGAAUUGAUUAGAGGUUUGUGGGAUUUGUUAAAAUUGAGAAAACUACAUAUUAUUGUAUAAAAGCUGUUUGUACCUCUAUGCAUUCACUACAAAUAUGAAAAUAUUAUAUACCGAAAGGUAUUUUUGACUGGAGUUGGUAUUUCGGGCAGCUAACUAUCAAUCAAUUUGGUACUUCUGGAACUUUCUUCAUAAUCUUCGUCUUCGUCAUGAUAUCAUGACUUCACGAGUUGAUCUUUCAGAUGUUCCUCAACUUUUCUCUAUCUUUUAUCAUCUAUCAUUCUUACUCCUAUGUUGAUUGGUCUAAGCGUUCAACAGAACAUCUCGAACGCAUCUACGAGCCUUUUAUCUUACUCCUUAAAAGGUUGAUCUCCGCUUUAUUUCUUCAGUGCUCAAAUUGGUUCAAAAAUCCUAGGUAGACAAAUUGGUCGAAAACGGGGAUAUUUUUUAUUUAUGAAAAACUACUUUGAUUGUUGUUAUUGUCAUGACCCUUAUUAUUUAAGACACGCCGUUAUACUGAUUCUUCCAAUCUUUUAUAUAUAAUUUGUUCUUUUUCAUUUCGAAGUUAGCAAGAAUAGUUGUAUUACGUGCAUAUCUCUAGUUGCAUAUCUUUUUCCACCCAUAGUGAUACCGCCGUCCGCGUUAUUCAUUCUCCAUAUAUAUUAAACAAAAUGGGACUCAGGACUACGGCCUUGUUUCAUACCCCGGUGACCCUGAAAGUUUCAGUUAGUUCUUCAUUAACCCUGGCAUCUUAGUUAUUGUACAGAUUUUCUAUCAGUAGUAUCAGGUAACGCAGUAGUGCCAUUUCAGAAAGAAUCUGUCACAUCACCAAAUCAAGGUUUUAGUGCAAUCAAUGAAGCACAGCUACGUUGAUAUGUUAACAUUCUCUGGAAUAUUAUUUAAAUCAGCGGCUAUAUGGCUUCUCUGCCUUUUAAUUGCUACUUCGAAUUCAUUCAGAUUCUUUCACAAAAGUUGUAUCAAAUUACAUUAGUGAGUAAUUUUGAUUUUGUGAACGAAAAAUGUUUUGUAGGGCUAUUAUAGCCAUAGAUAAUUGUUUAUUCCACAAUGACAGUUUUUAUUAUCAACUAUAUGUAGUUUUGUAUUUACUUGUAAAUUUUCAUUUUAUUCUAGUUAAAAUGCGGUAGAUUUUUGUUUGACAAAAUUUUUGUUGUAUCUUUACAUAUUUUAUAUCGAAGUAGAAUUUUUAAAUCACUAGAAUCAUUUUCAUUAAAUGAAAGAAAAAUAUAGUCAAAAAGUACAAAUUCAACUAAAAAAUAGUUUGGUACGACAAAAAGUGCAAGAAAUUAUUUCCAAUAGUGAAUAAGUAAUUAUUGUAUAACAAACUUGAGUGGUAUGUACCUAUUUUCCAUGAAAUGUGUACAACUUUCUAUUUUUCCAAAUGUAUUGUAAAACGGAAAAGUAUUAUAUGUUUACUUUUCCUAUAACUAUAUUCUAGAAACAUAGACUGGUUCUGUUUUAAUGUUUUAUAAACAAUUUAACGAAUACUUAAACGCAAUUUUAUAUUUUUCUUCUUAUUUUCGGCUAUUCAUUUUAUGAUAUUUGUGCAUUUUCGAAUCACAUGCAAAGAUAAGAAAUGGAUAAUACAAGAGAUAAAUUUGCACUUUUUCCCCUUUGAUUUUUUCUCGGAGACUUCUAAACACUGAUUUUCAGAUGGUCUAGUUUGUUGACCGCUAAUUAGCGAUAAGAGGUAUUGGAAGAAUGUUCUGUACCAAUUGUUACUUAUCUAAGAUUAGAUAAAGUUUUAUUCUAAUAUAAGCCUGGCUUCAUUUGAAUUUUAUAUUGACUCUUAUUCUCUUGCUUUUCAAUUUUGAAGUAGAUGUCUCGCAUUUAGUAAGUGAUUAAUUAGGCACAUUAUGUCCAGUAAUUUCCUACUAAAAAAUUAGAUUUUAAAUAAAUCUAAUGAUGUGUAAUUAACAGCAACUCUUAGGUAUCACCUAAGUGAUAAAACUGAUUACAAGCAAGCAAGCAAUUUAAUUUAACCCAGCAUGUGGGACUUGCGUGCCCCUUAGAACGACACUCGGCUGUUACAAUUCAUUAGGGCAUGGAAGAUUAACUCAUGGAGUCAUUCCACCACGUCCCAAUGCUCCAGUCCGUCCCUUUCCCCAUAUAGCACACUGAUGCGCGAUAGAAGCUCUCUUUCAGCAAAGUGCUUGUCGUGUCGAAGUCCUGGAUACAAGGACUCCCAACACGACAUCCUUUCCCGAUCAAAGUAGGUUAGAGCAAGGCGAUCUUUUCCUGCUAUCUCUGAUAACUUAUCGAAUCUGAAAUUGCUUGCUCGGGUCCCAAAUCGCCGCUCCGGGCUACGCCUAGUUCGGCGACUUGGCGCUCGAAGAUGUGGGCCUCUCAUGCCCGGGUUUUUUGUUAAUUUUUUGGGUGGUUUUCACCUUUUUGGGCUUGGACUCCUCCAUAUAUUUUCCUUAGAAUUUUUCUCUCGAAACGUUUAAGCAAUUCUUGGUCGUUCUGUAUAAGUGAUUACGUUUCUGACCCGUAUGUUAACACUGGCCUUUAUUUUACUGGCCAUUAUUAGUGUUUUAUAUAUGGUAACUUUAAUUUUUCUGGGUAGUUUUGGGGCCAUCUGUUUCCUCAAGCUAUAAUAGCACUUAUGGGCAAGCACUAUUCUUCUUUUAAUUUCUUCGCUGACAUUGUUGUCUUUGGUCAGCAUCGAGCCCAGGUAGACGAAGGUGUCCACACAUUCCAGUUCCAGAUCAUCAAUUAAUAGUCUAGGUAUCUGGUUGCCUGAUCUAGUACAAUACAUAUACUUGGUUUUCUGCGCGUUUAUUUUUAAUCCCAUUCUCAGUGCAGACGCCCUUAAUGAUCGAAAUGCUUCGAUCAGAGAUUCUGUGGACCUAGCAAUAAUGUCUAUGUCGUCUGCGUAUCCUACCACUUGUAAAGAUUUAUUAAGUAUGGUGCCAUUCGUAUUAACAUGGCACUCUCGAAUUACUUUUUCUAGUGCAAGGAUAAAUAAGAGACACGACAGUCCAUCUCCCUGUAUCAGUCCAUUUUUACAAUGGAAGGGUCUUGAAAAGUCGUUUUGGAUUCUGACUACAAUCUCUACGGCUUUUGAGUUUAAGUUCCUUUAGUUGAACAAGAUGAAGCAGCAUUUGAAAUUCCACCAUAGCUUGUAGAAGUUUUUGUCUGUUGAUUGAGUCGUAUGCGGCUUUGAAAUCCACGAAUAUGUGGUGGGUGUCGACUCCGAACUCAAGCGUUUUCUCAAGAAUCUGCCUGACUGUGAAGAUUUGAUCCGUUGUUCAUUUAUUGGGUCGGAAACGGCACUAGUAGUUCCCAACUAUUUGUUCAGCAUAGGGGAUCAAUCUUCUGUACAAUACGUUGGACAAUACUUUAUAUGCCACGUUAAGUAGGGUGAUGCCUCUAUAAUUAUCACACACCAUCAUGGUCUUCUGUUAAUAAAUAUACGAUUAUUUAGACUUUAUAUGUUGGCCAGGAUUUGCUGUUUUGAUAUUUUGUGUUUCCAUCGAUGGAACGCAUCAUAUCUUAUGAUCUCUCGCAGUAUUGGGCUUGGAUGAUUGUCCAGCUUGGUAAACUUUUUUGGCAUCGUGUCUGUCGACCUUACUUGUUUCAGUUUUCUGAACAAAAAACGUUCAGAGAAGUAUCGGGGUACCUUUACCUCUGCUCUGAGGCUGUUAUGUGCAUUAUGUGCUGCUUGUAUCCUCUUUUUGUUUGAUUUACUUAUGUGUCUCCAUGCGAGAGAUGCAUAUGUUAUUAUUCGACGGAUGAUUCGGUUAAUCAGCCUUAUUUUCGUUAUUAGUCUUAAUUUACUUCUACCUACGAGUCCUCUUAUUGCCGCUCUUACUAUUGUUUUUGGAUGGUUUUGUCCACAUGUUACGUGAAGGUUAGUCCUUGAUCCAUUGUGGCUCCUAGGUUUUUUGCUUAUCUUUUCCAUUCGAUGGGUAUGGUUUGUACUGAGAGCUGUUUGUCUGAGUUUUCUCUUCUAGUUUUGAAGAUGGCUGCUUGCGUCUACAUACAAACUCAAGUGUGUAUUGUUUUAUUUGAAAACUCACUUCCUACUUUCUCUACUGUUAUGUUCUACGAAGCCCAUAUGGACCACGUUUAUGAUGAUCGAAGGAAUUAUAAUUCAGUAAAGUCAAAAACUGUUUUCGGAUUUAUAACAGAGAAGCUUUCAUAGCAAAGUUUCGUCUUUAAAUCUUAGUUCUUUUAAUAAUUAUUUCAUAAAUGACAAUUACGGAUUCAAUAUACAACAAAUCCGUGCAAAUCCAUGCCUAUGCUGAUGAUUUCAAUAUUGUUGGGAGAACAGAAAACGCUGUACGAGUAGCGUAUGUAGCAAUAAAAGAAGCGGCUACAAAAAUAUUAAUAAACACAAACAAAACAAGAUUUAAGGUUCCUAUUAGGUACAUCAAUGAAGACAUGAGAAAUAUGGGACUAUGUGCUUGGCGGAGGAAGGCGAUGGAUAGGGACGACUGGAGAAAAAAAAUUGAGAAGGCAAGACCCCGAUAGAGUUGUAAAGCCGGAAUAAUGAUGAUGAUUAUUCUGAAUUUUCUUGCAAAUUUUUCUAUCUUUUGUCAAUGAUACGCAAAUUUUAAGCAUUUACGGUUAAUUAAUAUUUAGUCAUGAGUUUUUUUAUAAUUUUACGAGUAAAUAAUAAGAUAUGUGUUACUAUGAAAAGAACUUUUGCCUAAAAAAGUUUAAAUAGACUAUAACAAUUAGUUUUCUGUAUCACAAAAAACAACCAUUUUUUUUUCUUUAUAUCCCUCUCUAGUUUUUUAACGUUUUGAAAACAUUCAAUUUAUAUUUGAAUUGCUUUGUAAAUAAGUGUAUGAUAAAAAUAAUUUAUGUAUAUAUUUAGAUUAAAAGUAGAUUUAGAAGUACUUAAUAAUAUUGUAUAUAUAAUUUUAAAUAGAAAUUUUUUCUAUAAUUUAAUUGUUAAUUGUAUCAAUUAUUA